ACUUUGAUACAAAGCCAACGGUUUUCAUUUUCUCCCCUCGGUGUUUUUGAAUCGGCGAUCAUCUGCCGUGAACCUCCCAUCUUAUCCGUCCUAUUGUUGGAAUAUCAUCGCGUCUUUGCUUGGCGUCUAUAUCCACCCGGUAUUGACCGCGAAGGAGCAACAGGAGAGAAGAUAAACCUCAGUUUGUUUGGACACCGGAAUCGCCGCCGCUGCUCCACCUAGUUAGCAUUAGCAUCAGUUACCGGGAGGGUUGAGGCCGGCGACUUCCCCGGGUUUUAUGCUUCUUACUUGCCUUUUUUAAACAAAACACCACCGUAAAAUGGCUUGUGGGGCCACUCUGAAACGGACACUGGACUUUGACCCGUUAAUGAACCAGGCUUCGCCCAAAAGACGGAGGUGCGCCCCGCUUUCGUCCCCGGUCGCUUCUCCCCAGAAGUACCUGCGUAUGGAGCCGUCGCCGUUUGGAGAGGUGUCGUCCAGACUUUCCACAGAGGAGAUUCUUCACAACAUCAAGCAGGAGUACAAGCGGCUGCAGAAGCGACGGCACCUGGAAAGUUCUUUCCAUCAGGCGGAGGGAUGUUGUCCGCUUGAGCUGCAGAACUUCCCCUCUGGAUCAGGAACGUCCUCGGGAGGCUCCUCCCCCACCAGGAAGGAGCAGCCGCUCUUCUCCCUCCGGCAGGUCGGGAUGAUCUGCGAACGACUACUGAAGGAACGUGAAGACAAGAUCCGGGAGGAGUAUGACGAGAUUCUGACCACGAAGCUCGCCGAGCAGUACGAUGCGUUUGUCAAGUUCACACAUGAUCAGCUGAUGCGGCGAUUUGGAGAGCAGCCUGCCAGCUAUGUUUCUUGAGUGCCGGCGCUCGGGACGUUCUCUCUGCUGCACCCUGCUCUGAGGACCACGUGGGUCUUGUUGGACUUUCUCCCAGCCGUGCCAUACAUGUGUCUGCUGUAUGUGGCCUCGCGGCCUCCGGCGUCAGCGAGCAUCACCCACGUCUGCCUCCGCCGCCGCCGCCAGAGUGAAGAGAGUCUCCCGCUGCGGUGGUGAUCCCGGACUGUCACCAGCGGCCUCUCAGCUGCCCAGCGCUGAGCCGGCUGCUUCUGAUGCCUGGCUGCCUCCAUAUUCUUGGCCUUCUCUUUCAUUUCUGUUUUUUUUUUUUGUUCACUUUUGUUUCUUCACCAAGAUGUUGUAAUUAUGUAGAUUUGUUUGUUGGAAAAGGGAUCGACGGCUCUACUCCAGAAAUCGACUGUUAAAAAGAUCAUUACUGCUACGUUUGUAUACACUGUAUUUUUAUGUUGCUUUUGUUUAUCGUACCAAAUCGGAUUAUGUUUGCUGUAGCAUAAAGGGGCUUUGGAAGAGGUGAGAAUAAAACGUUUGAAUAAA